GGAGAGGGAUGUUAGCGACGGAGAAAAAGGUUUGAGAGGGAAACCAAAAGUGAUCGAGAGAGAGGUUUAACACAGCGCCCAGAUUACACCGUUAGAGCGUUGGACUAGUAACCGAAAGGUUGCAAGAUUGAAUCCCCGAGCUGACAAGAUACCAGUGUCAGACAACCCCAGUGUGGAACGCAUCGAGGAGGGUGACUUCAUGGCAGAGGGUCUUGGAGGCCUACAGUCACGUUCAAAGGCUGACCUGGUUGCCAUGGUGCUGAGCAUGCAGCGAGAGAUGGACAACCUGAGGGAGCAAAUCAGAUGCCUCACAGCGUGUGGAAAGUUGGCACGUAACCUGGAGGCCCUGAUCGAGAGGACGGAGGUGUGGUCGAGCAGCACGGACCGGAGAACUACAUCUCCCAGCAUGCCUGAGAUCCUGGUGAGGAGUGGUGCCAUGACAACGUCGGCCCUGCUGGCCUCUCCAGGGGUGCUGAACGGGUGCUGGGCGGCCAAACUAGAGCCCCUCCACCCCCACCAGAAUGGACAACCUCUGGGGUCUCAUGAGGGGGGUUCCCAGAUCAAUGGACCACCUCUCUACCAGGAGUUCAUCACUGCGGAGCUGCUUGACCGCUGUAACACGGGGACCACUGCCCAGAAGCUGACCAAYGACCUGCUCCGGGGCCUCUAUGAGAGGGACUGCCUGGCCUCUCACUCCAUCUCCGGCAUCGUCAACAACAAGAGGGGCCAACCCAAGCCUGCCCUGCCUGCAGACGAGAUCCAGGCAAUACUGAGGGCGGUGCAGCACUACUUCCCAGGGAAGACGGACUCGGAGAUCAAGGGCUACAUCCGCCAGAAGCUGCAGAACGAAGCCAAGCGGCUCCGCAAGAAGCCUCAUCUGGCCGUGAAGGUGGAGCCGGAGGCCAGGGCUGAGGGAGCGGAGACUACUUUCUACACCUAAGCGGUGUGGCCCCGCCAAACCCCACCCCCUGUUCUACCCAGGGAGUGAGGUGCCCCGCCUCUGUCCAGGUUAAAGUGCAAUUAUGGGAGGGAGACUCACGUAAAAACUGCUGUGAGAGGGAACCAAAAUGGAGCAGCCUUAUCAACACCAGUCUAGUCUGUAUGUCUGUCCAUUCUCAGCCACGUCUCUGGGCUGGGAGAGAAAUAGUCUAGUGAGGGAGGAGUCUAUUUGUCUGACAAUGUGAUCAUUCCAGGGGAAAUGUUAUUGACUCCAGUCUGAUCGAGACUAGUUACUGCUCAGGUGAAGUUAGAGGAUACUGUAGCUUAUUCUUCCUCUGCCCUCUGGCAUCGUUCUCAAGCCUCAGCUAGCCAGCCAGCAGUAGUAGGCCUAGUAGAUGGCAUGUGAUUUGUUACCAAGUGUAGUACUCUUGUUUCUGUGAAAGAGGUAGCAGUCAGUCGGUGCUCUGUAGAGAAGUCGUAACAGAAGCCCUGAACAACAUGGCCGUCAGCGAAGCCGCGCUGCACUCUGUGCCACUUCAGUUCGAUUUACAGUAUUGUCAUUGACCUCGUGGAAUGAACCUAGCCUUAGUAUUGAAUUAAUUACAAUGUUGCUGAAUAAAAAAUGACUGUCCCCCCCCCC